AGGUCGCUGUUGCAAUAUUUUACACAUUGGGUGUUUUGUAUGUAUUCUUUUAUUCUGCAUCUGCUUGCAUUAUCUAUUGUUUCAGACCUCAUUUAGAUUGCUAGCUCUACGGGCAGGGACCUCCUCCCUCCAGUGUAUCUUAACGUGUGCCACUAGAUGUUUGUGAUCCUGUGUAUUUUUACUUAUUUCACUGUUCGUUUUCCCAUGUCCCUUUUAUGAAUUCAUGGUGAAAUAUACUAUGCUGCACAGGCAAGUAGUGCCCUAUAAAUACAAAUAAACGUUUGUCCAUCAAGGUUUUACCUUCUAGUUCCUUAUGGCAGGGCAAUCCAUUUUAUACAGGAGCUGGCUUUAGCUCCAAUUAGUUCAAUUAUGCGCUGUUAAUAAAUUGCCUGCGUCUCCAGUUGAGGAUCACCCUAGGGGUGAACAUUUUUGUUGCAUUUUAAACGGACAAUACAUUGAAUUUGUGCCUAAUAAAAUUUGUAUUUGUGUACUUGUUUUUUUUUGGUUUUUUUUGCAAUUUCUCUCCUAAUUGUAAACAGGAUCCUUCCCCAGUGCCCUCCCUGCCAUGGGAAGAGCCCGUGAUUGGUACAUGGGUGUGCUGGGAAGCUGCGUGCGAUUUGGAAGUUCGCUGGCUCAGACCUUAGUCCCAGGGGAGCGCCACAAUCGCAUCUUCCUAUUGGCUAGCGAGGGAUCAGCUGCUCAGAUUUGCCUCUGUCGCUUUUGGCUGUCGGCCAUCCAGAAACAAACCAGUUGGAUGAGUGCUAAUAGUUAUAGGCAGAUGUACUAAUACACAACAAAUCACGGAACUGGAGAGGGAGAGCAAAUGAGUUCGUACUUUGUGAAUAGCACUUUCCCUGGGAGUCUGCCCAAUGGACAAGAGGCAUUUGUGGGGCAGAUCCCUCUCUACCCAUCUGGCUAUGAAGCUUUAAGGCAUUUUCCGGGCGCUUAUGGGUCACCUCCUGUGCAGGACAAGCCCUACACCUCACCCUGUUUCUACCAGCAGUCCAGCACCCUCAUUGCUUGCAAUGGAAGCUCUUAUGAGUAUGGGGCGUCCAGCUUCUACUCGGGCAAGGAGAGCACCGGCAGCCCGUCCUCCUAUGGGACUAAACACAGAGGGGAAUAUCUACACUUCUCUGCAGAUCAGCAGCAAUACAAGUCUACCAGUGGCCAGGGCAAGAUGCUACACGAGGAAACCAGCGACCGGAAGUACAGCAGCCCUGUCUAUCCCUGGAUGCAGAGAGUCAACUCUUGUACUGGUCCAGUGUAUGGUGCCCAAGGCAGAAGAGGGAGGCAGACUUACACCAGAUUCCAGACUUUGGAACUCGAGAAAGAAUUUCAUUUUAACAGAUACCUGACCAGGAGGAGAAGGAUUGAGAUUGCUAAUGCCCUUUGCCUCACGGAAAGACAGAUCAAAAUAUGGUUUCAAAACAGAAGGAUGAAAUGGAAAAAAGAAAGCAAGCUCCUGCUCCCAUCCCACCCCAGCGACGACCCCUCAGAAGACAAACAGGAGGAGAAAUGCACCACCUAAAGGCACGUGCCGGGCCUCCUUC